CUCGGCGCAUGUGCAGAGCUUCCUGUCUGGUAUCGCAAACCUGAAAACCGACGAAGAGCAAAAACCCACGGAUCUUAUGACGUUGUUGACCAAAGUAAAUCAUAAAGUGAAUGUCUGACGAUGAUGAACAUUCAACUGAAAACUGACUUCAUCGCGAUGUAAGACUUCAGAUGUUGACCUUCAGCAUUAGGAGCCACAAUUUGGUUCAUCCUCUAUGAGAGGUUUUCUGUUCCAGACAAGUUUCAUCCUCAUCCUACCUUUGACAAUGACAUCUUGGGCAACAACAUUUAUGCUGCUGGUGAUUCUGAUGAGAAACUUCAGAGUCGAUUCCUUCAGAUGUCAUAUAACUGAAUACAACAUAGGAGAAGAGUGCUGUCCUAUGUGUUCUGCUGGCCAUAGAGUCAGAAUAGACUGCACUGAGUUUAAAAGUACAUCCUGUCAGCGAUGCACAGAUGGGACAUUUAUGGACCUGCCAAACGGACUAAAGAGAUGUAAUCCAUGUUCUACCUGUGAUUCAGGAGCUGGGCUGAAGGAAAAGCAACAAUGUGUAAUAACUGCAGACACAGUUUGUGAACCAAUGGAGGGAUUCUACUGUACAGACCUUAAAUCAGGAGGUUGUUCUGUAGCACAGAAACACAGGAGCUGUGAACCAGGACAUUACAUCAGCAGGAUGGGAACAGCCUCCACAGACACAGAAUGCUCUGAAUGCAGCAGUGGAUCAUUUUCUGAUGGAACAAUGUUGUCAUGUCAGCCUCACACACAAUGUGAAAAAGAAAACCUUCAUCUGAUAAAAGCAGGAACAGCUUCAACUGAUGCUGAAUGUGGAGGAAAAAGUUCCAACACCACAAAAAUUGUGAUCGGUGUUUUGUUUUUGGUGUUUUUAUUAGUUGCAGCAGCAAUUGUUGUUGUUGUUCUCUGGAAAACUAAAAAAAUUAGAAUACCAAACUUUUGUACAAAACGACAAAAACCCCAAAGGGACCAAGCAGAAGGAGAACAGGGAGUUUGUUUAAAUGCACAUGGGCUAUAAACACACUGAUGGUGACAAGCUACUAGCUAGUAGCCACAGCUUCCCUGGGGCAGUCUAACAGAAGUGAUGCUACCAAACAUGGGACCACCAGGUCCUCUGAUCAGCACCAGCAGGCAAGACGACUGAACUGUCCAGCAGAAGGACACAACGACCAAGAUUGGUGGGGCGGGGAAUACAGCACCAAUAGGGAAGACAGGUGGACUGUCUUGCCCAAGGACACAACGACCAAGAUCGGUGGAGCGGGGAAUAAACCAGCAGUGAUCGGCACCAAUAGGGAAGACAGGUGGACUGUCUUGCCCAAGGACACAACGACCAAGAUCGGUGGAGCGGGGAAUACAGCACCAAUAGGGAAGACAGGUGGACUGUCUUCCUGUCCAGGGUCCUGAAGGGUGCAUGGGAGUUCUCCCAAACGGUCUACAUGUGUUCUGUGGACUUGGAGAAGGCGUUACACCAUGUCCCUCGGGGAGCCCUCUGGGGGUCCUCCGGGAGCAUGGGGUACCCGGCCCUUUAUACUGGCUGUGACCGGUGUCGGGAGUCUGGUCCGCAGUGCCGGCAGUAGGUCGGGCUCGUUUUCGGUGAGGGUUGGACUCCGCCAGGGCUGCCCUUUGUCACCGAUUCUGUUCAUUACUUUUAUGGACAGAAUUUCUAGGCGCAGCCAA